AUGGCCGAAGAUUCAACCACCAGCAAUUCAACCAUCAACUCAACCACCAAAAAUUCAACCACCAACAAUCCACCAUUGCAACAAGACUCAAAACCUUACGUGGCACCCCUCGAGCUUGAGCCAGGCAGCACUACCCCGUGGAGGUACUAUGUUCGCUUCGCCGACUACCACACGCUAGAAGCACACAAGAAAGCCAUGGGAGAUAUCUCGGUUCGAGAGGAUGCACCCCAACCAGAGGGACUCAGCAGUGGCACGAUGACAGACGAAUAUCGAGAGCGUUUGAGACAGGAUCCUGGUGUCAUUGCAGUCUGGCAAUACGAUGGGCAGGGCGAGUGGUGCUGA